CCCGCAGAGAAGACGCUUCCACCAGCACCAGCGGCGUCCAGUGCAAUCGUCGCCGACGUCGUCCUGAUGCAGACUCUCCCGACGACGCCUCUGGGAGCAUCUUCGUCGACCUCUUGCUCGUCCUGCUCCUCCUCUUUUUCCUCCUCCUCCCCAUCCCCCCCGGUCCGUCUUCGAGAGUGUCGCCGUCAACGAGAGUUGCGCCGUCUUCGAGAGCUGCACGCCAUCCUCGAGAGUUGCGCCGUCUCGGAGAGUUACGCCGUCAUCACGAGCUUCUCCGUUGUGGACACGGAUCGCCUCUCUCUUCGCUACUACCCCGUGCUCGUUUUCCCCGACCUGGCCGUGUUCGACGGCUGCCGCCCCUUCGUUUGCGCCCUGUCCGUCGCUGAUGGCGGGACCCUCCUCUUCGAUUUCGCCUCUGACGAGAAUUUCGUCGUCAUGGUCAUGCAGUGCUACUCUAUCUUCUUCUAUUGGUACGAGUCCUGGUACAGGAGUUGGGGGCACCCUCAGAUUGCCCUAUGUGUGUGAGUGCC